AUUCUCUGUCAAGAUGUGGCACCUCAAACUCUUUGCUGUGCUUUUAACCUGUCUGCUGCUGUUAAGCCAGGUAGAUGGCUCCCCAAUACCAGAACGGAGCUCAGCAAAGAGAAGACUGCAGAGAAUGACCCCGUUUUGGAGAGGAGUGUCUCUUAGGCCUAUCGGAGCCUCUUGCCGGGAUGAUUCUGAAUGUACCACAAGACUAUGCAGAAAAAGACGCUGUUCCUUAAGUGUGGCCCAGGAGUGAUAUAAAUAGCAGGGGAAAGACAGCACUUACCUACAGCAAUGCUCCGUUCUAUGGAAUAUUGGUGAAUUGUAUUUGGGCUGGAGACAUCUAAGUGAAGCAAUCUUGUGUUUUUAAUAUUUAAAGACAGAUGUGUGCUUUAAUUAGUCUCCGUUUCUUCUUAGAAUGUUGAUGAUAUAUGGAUAAACAUUACUGAACUUUUCAAUUUAAGAGUUUAUUUUUGUAUGUAUACCAUUAAAUGUCUCAAAUUG